GAAAGGGAGAGUGAGGGGAGGGGCAAACUCAGAGCGCCGGCGGUCGGAGCCCGUGAGGGUCACUGACGACGCAUGCGCUGGCAGGGAGCGCAAUCACAGACUAGGUUUGCGGCUACCGGCUUAAAAAGGAAACCCCCGAGAGUGAGAGCGCGAAGGAAAUCUGGCCGCCGACGCGUGCGCGCUCUUGUGAAAGCAAAGCACAAGAAGAAAGUUUUACAGUCAUUGUUGAUAUGACUAUUAUGCUGGUCCCCCAGAUCAAAAAAAAGAAUUCUGAGACUGAUGGUCAGCCAUAUAGAAGAAUACAUUGAACCUAUAGUUUUCUGAAGAAGCAAUUUAAAAGAUCCAAAAAACACAAAAGGAGAAGUACAAAUGUCUACCACAAGACGAAAACGUAAUAUGUUAUGUUGUUUACCGUAAGCUGUAGUAAAAUGAGCUCGAUUGUCGACAGAGAAGAUGGUAGUAUAUUUGAUGGGUUGGUGGAAGAAGAUGACAAGGACAAAGCAAAAAGAGUAUCUAGAAACAAAUCUGAAAAGAAACGUAGAGAUCAAUUUAAUGUUCUCAUUAAAGAACUGGGAUCCAUGCUUCCUGGUAAUGCUAGGAAGAUGGACAAAUCUACUGUUCUGCAGAAGAGCAUUGAUUUUUUACGAAAACAUAAAGAAAUCACUGCACAGUCAGAUGCCAGUGAAAUUCGACAGGACUGGAAACCUACAUUCCUUAGUAAUGAAGAAUUUACACAAUUAAUGUUAGAGGCUCUUGAUGGUUUUUUUUUAGCAAUCAUGACAGAUGGAAGCAUAAUAUAUGUGUCUGAGAGUAUAACUUCAUUACUUGAACAUUUACCAUCUGAUCUUGUGGAUCAAAGUAUAUUUAAUUUUAUCCCAGAAGGGGAACAUUCAGAGGUUUAUAAAAUACUCUCUACUCAUCUGCUGGAAAGUGAUUCAUUAACCCCUGAAUAUUUAAAAUCAAAAAAUCAGUUAGAAUUCUGUUGUCAUAUGCUUCGAGGAACAAUAGACCCAAAGGAGCCAUCUACCUAUGAAUAUGUGAAAUUUAUAGGAAAUUUCAAAUCUUUAAACAGUGUAUCGACUUCAGCACACAAUGGUUUUGAAGGAACUAUACAACGCACACACAGGCCUUCUUAUGAUGAUAGAGUUUGUUUUGUAGCCACUGUCAGAUUAGCUACACCUCAGUUCAUCAAGGAAAUGUGCACUGUUGAAGAACCUAAUGAAGAGUUUACAUCCAGACAUAGUUUAGAAUGGAAGUUCCUAUUUCUAGAUCACAGGGCACCACCUAUAAUAGGAUAUUUGCCAUUUGAAGUUCUGGGAACAUCAGGCUAUGAUUACUAUCAUGUGGAUGACCUAGAAAACUUGGCAAAAUGCCAUGAGCACUUAAUGCAGUACGGGAAAGGCAAAUCAUGUUAUUAUAGAUUCCUCACCAAGGGACAACAGUGGAUUUGGCUUCAGACUCAUUAUUAUAUCACUUAUCAUCAGUGGAAUUCUAGGCCAGAAUUUAUUGUUUGUACUCACACCGUAGUAAGUUAUGCAGAAGUUAGGGCUGAAAGACGACGAGAACUUGGCAUUGAAGAGUCUCUUCCUGAGACAGCUGCUGACAAAAGCCAAGAUUCGGGGUCUGAUAAUCGUAUAAACACAGUCAGUCUCAAAGAAGCCUUGGAAAGGUUUGAUCACAGCCCAACUCCUUCUGCUUCCUCCCGGAGUUCAAGAAAAUCAUCUCACACAGCAGUCUCAGACCCUUCCUCAACACCAACAAAGAUCCCAACAGAUACUAGCACUCCUCCCAGACCGCAUUUACCAGCUCAUGAAAAGAUGGCACCAAGGAGGUCAUCAUUUAGUAGUCAGUCCAUAAAUUCCCAGUCUGUUGGUCAGUCAUUAACACAACCAGUGAUGUCUCAAGCUGCAAAUUUACCAAUUCCACAAGGCAUGUCCCAGUUUCAGUUUUCAGCUCAGUUAGGAGCCAUGCAGCAUCUAAAAGACCAAUUAGAGCAACGGACACGGAUGAUAGAGGCAAACAUUCAUCGGCAACAAGAAGAACUAAGAAAAAUUCAAGAACAACUUCAAAUGGUCCAUGGUCAAGGGCUGCAGAUGUUUUUACAGCAGUCAACCCCUGGUUUGAAUUUUGGUUCUGUUCAACUUUCUUCUGGAAAUUCAUCUAACAUCCAGCAACUUGCACCUAUAAGUAUGCAGGGCCAGGUUGUUCAAACCAACCAAAUUCAGAGUGGAAUGAAUACUGGACACAUUGGCACAACUCAGCAUAUGAUACAACAGCAGACUUUACAAAGUACAUCAAGUCAGCAGAGUCAACAAAAUGUACUGAGUGGGCACAGUCAACAAACCUCGCUUCCUAGUCAGACACAGAGCACACUCACCACUCCGCUGUAUAACACUAUGGUGAUCUCACAGCCGGCAGCCGGAAGCAUGGUCCAGAUUCCAUCUAGCAUGCCACAGAACAGUACCCAGAGCACUGCUGUAACUACAUUCACUCAGGACAGACAGAUCAGAUUUUCUCAAGGUCAGCAGCUUGUGACCAAAUUAGUAACUGCUCCUGUAGCUUGUGGGGCGGUCAUGGUACCCAGCACAAUGCUCAUGGGGCAGGUGGUGACUGCCUACCCUACGUUUGCUACCCAGCAGCAGCAGCCACAGGCACUGCCAGCCACACAGCAGCAGAACUCCCAGGAACAGCCGCUUGCUUCAGUUCAGCAACCUUCUCAGGCUCCGCUGACCCAACCACCACAGCAGUUUUUACAGACUUCAAGGUUGCUCCACGGGAAUCCUUCGACUCAGCUUAUCCUCUCUGCUGCAUUUCCACUACAACAGAGCACUUUCCCUCAGUCACAUCACCAGCAGCACCAGUCUCAGCAACAGCAGCAACUGAAUCGGCACAGGACUGACAGUUUGACCGAUCCUUCCAAGGUUCAACCACAGUAGCACACAUCCCUCCUCUCUGAUCUCAGGAGGAAGGGGUUGUCCCUAAGAGUUGCUCAGAUGAUCUGAGACUAGGAGGAGAAGGUCCAGCAGUUUCACAAGAUGCAGUAUUGAGUGUUCUAGUUUCUGGACUUAGUUAGCAGGGAAAGUGCUGCCUAGUGCUACAGAUGUACAUUAAAUACCAGCCAGCAGGAGAUGAUCAUGGGGCCAUAGCCAAUUCUGACAGUGUUUUACUCGCCCAGCUAUUUUUCAAAUGGAAAGAUAGAUUGCCAAAUGUUAAGCUCAGCUAUGAAACAUGACCUCCGGUCAAUCAGAAAGGCACUAACAAUGUUAGUAACUUUUAGUGGUUCUGUGCCUGUUUUCAAGUGUUACAGAGGACACGCCACUGUCAUGUCAGGGGUUUGCGUACAACGAUGCCAUGAAGACAGUCCAGUAGACCCAGUAGACCCCUUCCCCAUCCCCUCUCCCUUUUCAGAUAAUGAUUGAAUAGUAAUUUCAGAAUGUCGUGUGGUUCAAAUGCUCUAUGUACAGAUACUGUAAAAAUAUUAUGUAUAUGUCUGGAUAAAAGGAGAGAAAGCAAAACAUUUUGUAAGCUGCAUGAAAGCAUUAUCUCUUAGGUAUGAGUAUAUUUCCUUAGAUUCUGACGCCAUGUGCAAACUAGUACAUCCUCUGUUUCCCCUCUUGUUUACAACACGGUAGUGUUCUCACUUUUCCGGGGCACAAGGCUUUUUGUUCAUACUUUGGCUGUGAUGUCACAGUUUGUUCAGUGAGGUAUGAUGUGCUGCUGGGAAUGGAUAUUUUUUUCCAGGUUAAAUUAUUGAGACAACAGGAUUUUCAAGUUACUCAGAAAUAUCCUUUAUUUCAUUAUUUUUCAUUUAUGUUUGAAAAUAGGAUUUGCACUGCUUUAUUUUAGAUGGUUGGAAGUUUUGGUCACAUAUUUUGAUAUAUAGUUCAUAGUUGGAAAUAGUUGUGUAAACGGUUUUCAAUAAGCCUGAAAGUAAUUUCAAGAAUGUUUCAGUUAUAGGAGUAAAAUUUGCACACAAAAGAUUUUAGGCACUUUUUAACAUUCUCACUGGUGGGAAUUUUAACUUUUAGGAUUUGUUGGAAUCUUUUUAUUAUCCUUCACAAUUUCAAUGCUUCUUUUAGUCAGAAAUGAUUCAGGGUUAUUUGAGGGGAAAAAAAAAACCCAUAGUGCCUUGAUUUUGAUUCAGGUGAUAACUCACCAUCUUGAAUUCAUUGUCUGGUUUCAGUAGCAGUUUUGAAACCUUAGUACAUUUUUAACAGCAUGUGGGUGUCAGUGCCAUUAUGAUUCUCCUAAGUUUCCACGAAGACUGCUUUGAGUCUCUUGGACUGGAGGUACAAGUAACUUAGAAAUAAAAACAAGGUGACAUCCUGACACUAUCAGAGUCAUUGAUGUGAUCACAAAAUUGUUUCCUAAAUCAGCAUCUUCCUUUAAAGCUGAACAGUUAAGAAUUACCUGUCAAUGUUUUCUAUAUAUGAUCUUGAUAUUCCUACAAAGAAAAAAGAAGGGGUAAGAAUUGGCUUUGCCUUUACUAUAACACUAGAAUAUUGUAACUCACAUGCUUUCUAAACGUGAACUAAGAUUUCAUUUGGCAAUAUUAGAUUCUAAAGGUAAUAAAUUCCAACAGAAAUUACAUACAUAAAAAGAUCAUCUUAGAGCUUUUAUGGUACUAAUAAUUAAAUUGACAACCACAGAGCAAAGGAAAAUUAAUGGAAAUACCUUAUUAAAAUAUCAAAAAUUAUUACUGAAGGGAGGAUAGCAAGCUGUAGUUAACUCAGAAUUGACCUUAAAAGGAAAUGUGUAACAGAACUGAAAAAGGUUUUGAGCAAUGAAAAUAUUGUACUAUAGAAUUGCUCGACAAAGGAGUCAGAGGAAUUUCUAAGACCGUUCUUAUGACUUUUCUGUCCUUCACUUUGCUAUCAUCCCAAAAGGAUAGACUUUGUCUUUCUACAGACAACUCUACCUGGCCACACAUCUAUUAGAGAGUUCAUAUUGAAGAAGAAAAUAACCAAAGAAAGUUGGUACCUAGCCUUCUACAAAAGAAGUGUCACUGGAUACCAAUCAAUAAUGAACAUAUCAAGAAGCUCCUCUUCUAGCUAAAUGAUCUGGAUGAAGAGAUUUCUGACUUUCUCAUGAAUGUCAAGAAUAGCUGUCAGAAUAUGUAUGUAACUUGAGCGUAGGUACACAUAGGUGAAAUUGAUGUAGAAUAUGGCAACAGUAUUAGUUUUCUCCCCUUUCAGAUUGCCUUUCUCAACCUUACCAUGCCAUUCCAUAUAUCUGAGUUGUGCCUCAUUUAUUUAUUGGCAAUAUUUAGUGGUAUGGAUAACAAAAGAUAUGAAGAACUAUAAUAUUUAUUAAGAUUUAUCCUCUAAAUACCGUACUUAAAGGGAAAGAUGGUGAACGGUGAGUACUGUGUACUUAGGUCUUCAAAGGCAAAGCAGAAGACAAGCCACAAGGUAAAUCUGUAGACUGUUCACAUUCUCCUCUACCAGUCCCUUCAAGUAUUUUCCAUCCUCAUAGAUAUUUGGGAAGGAAAAUUAGACAAAAUGAUGUUUUGUAAUUCCUGUUGUUCCUCACAGCCCAUUUUUGCCCUGCUUAGAAUUGAUUGAAUUUAAAGGGACAGCUAGCUGCAUUCCCUUGGCUGUCAAUAUAUAGUGUUGUCGAAGAGCUAGUAAGCGCCAACUGCCUCAGCUCCUCUGUGUCCCGUCCCGCCCCCCCCCCCCCCCCCCCCCCCCCCCCCCGCCCAGCCCCCGGUUUUUCUUGAACUUGGGUUGCAGAGCUGCCCCUGCCCCUCCCCCAUAAUUGAGACUUGAGCAUUCUGAUGAAGACUGGGCAGUUGCCUGAUCUUCGUUCCUGUAGCCAAAGUUGUUCAUUAAAAUCCCAAAUCUACGUAAUGAAAAAAUACCAAAUACAGACACCUUUCAGCUACUUAAAAGUCACCAUCUUCCCUCCGCUGUACUCUCACAGCGAUUCAUUUUUUCUUACAAAACAUUUUAUUCUGGGUGGCACUUUUUAAGUGACAAACUAUUGAAGAUCUGGAAAAACGUGAGCUGCUCUGCAGUCGCCCUGCUCUGCACUGUGGUGGCCCCCGGUGCCAGUGCUGUUAAACCCUUCAGGCGAGGCUGCGGGGGUCAGUCACAUUGCUGCUAAGAGUGGUGUCAGACCAGAACCCAGAUGCUCAAAAGUACUCUGGUUCUUGAGCUGGAAUAUAUUGGAGGAAAAGCAAAUAUGAGGAAUGGGGAUGGCAACAGGUAAAUACUACUGUUCAGUCUCCAAAGUCUGUCCUAAGCUGAGGGGGUAAUUCGAGUCCCAUGCUCCGCUUUGUUACUUACAUCUGGUUUAGGAAUGUACUGGUAAUAAAAGAUGCCAGUGACUUUGAAUAGGUGGUUACAGAAUACUUAGUGCAGAAGAGUGAAAAUGUUAUUUGCAUUCUUCAGAAGUGCUAAGAGUCUUUGGUCAUUGCCUUAAAGCGGUCUGCUUGCAGUUAGUUAAGGGCACUGAAGCAGUGCAGCUCCAUGCAGGGCAUUGCAGUGAAGGGAGAUGAACCUUUGUUCAAGAGGCCUUAGAAAGGGGCCCCUCGAAAUAGUACUCUUUCUCCGGCUCCACAGUGGUGAAAAUUAUUUUCAACUGGAUAUUAUUCAACUUGAUUUCUAAUGUUUCCACUACAGUGAGGUAAACCUUUUCCUUUUUUUAAAGUGGAAUGCAAAUAGCAUUUUACUUUGGUAUUGCUCGUUUCUCCUUUUUUUCUUUUUCUCUAUUUCUUUGGUGAUUGAGUUUGUUGAUGAUGGACAUUUGUGGAAAACUCAUUCAAGUCUAUAACCUUUCCAAUAUCUGUGAUCCUAUUCCUAGUCCCUUGGGAGUCAGUGUUGGAAGGUAUAAACACUGGAUAUUACUAUUGCUGAGUGAGUCUAGCCAGGAGUGAGCAGAUUGGAAUUUUCAAAUGGUGGAAAAGGAACAGCACAAAGGCACUUGCCAUUUUAAUUAGCGAUUGGAGAGAGAGACCCUUUUAAGUUUGUUUGGGUUGGGUGAGCAUUCCUCUAAAAGGAGCUUCUGAAAUAAAUGCAAAGGAAAAGAGUCGACUAUUUUUAUAGCAUAUUUAAUAUAUUUGUAUAUAACUAUGAAUAUGGUAGGAACCCUCCACAUGCCUCCACUUUUCUAAUUUACUCCCCCUUUUGCCAUAGCACUAGUAUAGCCUCAUCCGCAUGGGUAACGUGCCUAUUGUCAGCCUACCAAAAGAUAGCGCUGCUGCUUUCUGAGACAGGUGAGACCACCCAACUCUCAUGCCUGGGGAUCCUUUCUGUAGGAAUAGCACACACUUCGAAAACAACAUAACCACAGUCUGAAAGCAUCAUUUUGAAAUGUAACAAGCACUUUAUUGCAACUAUUCAUUUUGAUAAAGUUUAUUAUCUUAAGCAUUACCAUUUCUAAAGGAUCCCCAAAUCAUCACUUAGGUGAAAUUUUAAAAUGAUACAUUUCUGAGAAAUGUUUAGAUCCAGUGAACCGUAGCAGGUUUCUGGGAGUGAUUUCAAGGUAGCCAAAUGAACUUUGACUUUGGUUCUGAAUGUGGCGGAGUCAGGAGAUUGUAGAUGGCUAGUUCCGUUUCGACACUAUUGUAAACCUGUCUUGCCUAUCAUGUGGACACCAAAAGAGACCAAUGAGCCUGUUUAUUUUCAGAGGCCUAGGACAGUUGCAUCAGUGUGAAUAGAUGUAUAGAACUAACCUAAAAGUGACUGGUAGUAAUAUUUUAGAAUAUGAUAAUUUCAAGAAUUCUUCUGGGUGUUUUAAAUGUGCUCUGAAAUGUUGGCAUGUCAUUUCAGCGUUUCCAUUUGAAUUGCUCUUAUAAUCUCUUUUGCACAAAAAGGACUGAGAAAAAGACAACUUCAGUUGAAGAAAAGUAUAAUUUGGUCUUAUUUUAAAUAUGUCUCCUGUGGAAACACAGGGGAUGAAUUUUAUUGGUAUAGUUAGUUAUUAAUUCAGGAUAUUUAAAACAGUAUUGAACAGCUCACAAGAAAUUCAGCAAAUGUGGACAUUUAAAAAUUAAAACUUUGUUUCCAUGUGACUGUUUUGCAUAUUUUCCCCCUUGUCAUAAUUUAACACUACAUUCCUUGUUUUUCUUAAAUAAAAUAAUACUUUGCAGGUUCUGCUUUGAGUAUUUAACAAUAUUUUUGUAAGCUGCCUGGGUCUUCCUAGGGAAACGUUUAGUGAAGUAGGAUAUAGUUUAUGAAGAGACUGUUGAAGUGGAAUCCCAUCACCACCACCAGCAAACACUGAGGUGCUGCAUUCAGUGACAAUCAAAAUAGUGAGUAUUUAUGGAAGAAUUUAGAACGUGAUUUUAAAGAGGCAAUUGCUUUGAAAGCAGUUCUCUGGGUUUGUUGAAUGAAAAUGGCUAAAUGUAUUUAUUUAUAUUUUUAAAUAUCUGUGUUGUUUUCUCAUCAGAGUGAUUUCACAGUGUCAUGUAUUUAAUUUGUGGUUUGUUUUGUUCUGCUUCGUAAUCUUCUACUUAAAAGAACUGGCUCCUCUAUCUGGGGGCGCAGUCUCCAGCCCUCACCAGGACUGUCCCUGGGCCAAUCCAAAUCUGUUUUACUUCAGGACGGCAGUGGAGGGCCCAAAGCCGGAUGCCCUGGCACUUCCCUCCUGUUCUCAACUCAUUUAAGAAAAAAUAAAGGUAACUCCUUCCAAAUCUGCUUUGUAUAGCUCCAACCUUUUUUCUAGUUUCACUUGCUGCCUUUUCUAUUUUAUGGGUACUUUUUAUAGGAUUACUUCCCCAAUGCAGCCAAAGGCCAGUAGGACAGAACCAGUGGCACACAUUGCCUCUGUUCUGCCCAUUUGGGGAAAUGUUAGUAAGAAGAUCGGCAUCUUCGAAUGGCUGUCACUAUCAUAUCCAUAGUAAAACCCAUUUCAAGUCCUUAAAUACAGGUGGAACAACGUAUGUGCACUGUACUCUCCUACAAAAACUGUUUGCUGUCUUUAGGGUACUGUUGCUUGGCUCUACAAAAACAAGGCCUUCAUAGACAGUACUAGCCACUCAAGUAGUGUUGGGACAUUUGAAGCCUACAAGUUGGAGGAUACUUCUUAGCUAGUAUACAUCGGAACAGAAUUCUCCAUUCUAGGGCUCUCCGAGGAGCUCUUGAAUCCCACAGGCCUCCAGCGGCGUGUACCAUCUAGCUUUCGGGACCCCUCAGAGAAUGAUAACCAAAGCAUGUCAGCCACAAGUUGGAUUUAAUGAUGUAGAACAUGUUUAACUCUGAGGCUUAAAAUGAAAAUGUGUUUCAAAUGUAUGCUUUUAUUUCUGAGGAAACAAACUGUGACAUCGCUUAAAUGACAUUCAAAUGUUUUAUGUGUGUUUUGAGUUAUUCUGUACUGGUGCAAAUUCACUGCUGGCAAUGGUUGUGCCAGUACUAAAGAGUUAGUAGAGAAAGCUCUAUUAUCCUUAGAUUGAUGUAUUAUGUACCUAGACAAUCAUCAAGCAAAACAAAGUUGGCCAGGAAAUGUCUUUUUUUUUCCCCCCAUGUCAGCUAGAACAGCUGUAACUUUAGACCAUUCUAGAAUUAUUUUGGAAUCUGUUUUACUAUGGCGUAAGUUGGGGAAGGGCCUCAGUAUGGCACUUGCACAUUUACUCUAUGUAGAGAUGGAAGCCCAAAGAUGAGUCACAUUCAGUGCUGUGUUGAAACCAGUUAGUGCAAAAAAGUUUUAUCUUUGUAAAUUUUUAAUUGUUAACAUCAGUUAGUAGCUGUAAAAACAUACACCAAAUUCUUUCUAAUGUUCUGUGUGGUUCUUGGUUGUGCUACUCUUGACAUUGCUGUCCUUACUGCUUGGUUCUUGGUUUUAGAUAAAAAUUAGAUGUAGCCCAUUGUCUUAACUUCCAAAAAGGUAGAGCUAUAUGUACAUGGCUAACUGAUCUUAAGAAUACGUACUUUUCCUAAAGCAAACAUUGAAUUGAAAUCCAAACUGAUUUACAAAAACGAGAUGGACAUCUUGUAGGUAUUGUAUUCUGCCCCAAUCCUAAAUUGUACCGAAGCACGAAGGGAUAAUGAAUGGUUUCAAUGGUGCUAUCUUAGGUUCUCUGCUGAUUUUCAUGAGCUGUGUUUGGAAGUACAAUAUUACAUAAAACGUGGAUCAUUUUGUUACCAACUUAAUAUUGCCAUUUUAAUUUGGUGUUACAAUUGGUUGCACUUGUUUUUCAGCGCUGUCCUUUGAGAAGAGGUAACGUGUUUUAUUAGCCUACCUCCACUCAGGCCUCUUGGUGUAUGAUCAUUUCUCCAGGUUAUGAUGUGCAUAGUUUUCUAAAACUACAUGUACUAUUAUUAUAUUGCUCUUUCCCGUAGACUUUUGUAAUGUAUUCCAAACCUAAAAUCAUAACAAAAGAGCCAAGCAGUAGCAUCGGUUGGUUUUUUUUUGUUUUGUUUUUCGUUUUUUUUUUUUUUUUUUUUUUGUAAAUGUAAAACUAAUUAGAUCCAGACUUUGUUUCCUUACUCAAUUUUAAAAAUAAAAAAUACCUCAGUGCUA